GGUCUGGGCUCUCGUUCUGAGUGGUCGUAGAGUAGGAGAGCAGAGCUGAGAGAGAGAGAGAGAGAAGAGAACGUCUCGAGGUGUCGGCGUCUGUCAUCUCACCAACUCUCUGGCGUGUUCCCGAAAAACGCGACGAGAUUUUUCACGAAAAUUUUUGAAAUAUAUUACGUAAAUAGAACAAUAGUUCUCAGUUAUCUUCCGUUGAUUUUCGAAAAAAGUUUUCGGAAUAUUUUUUCACGAAGUUCCACAGGUCCCCCGUGUUUUUACGUGAAAAAUGUUUGGUAGCUGAUGGUUUUUCGAGUUAAUUUUUGUGUUUUACGCUAAUUAUUAGGUAGAAUCAUGACUUCGCGAGUGACUAGCGGUCAGCGUCUAGCAUGUUUGGUGGCCGGGUUCGCGAUACUUUUGCUGUUGGGGUUGCUUGGUGUCCUGUGGACCGCACGUCUGGGCAUUUUCACCAAUUUCGGUGAAAAGUCACCACCAAGUCGGCGAGGUGUCACUAGCUUUCCUCUGACACAUUCUUCCACGCCGGUGUCUUCUUCCACACCAAAACAGAAUGGGGAUGCUUCCAAUAAAAAAUCGGAAUUUGAAGAAUUUGUGAAGCCCAUCAAAACUUCACCGGGAAGUCCAAACGAGCACAAUUUGGUGUUCGGAAAUAACAUUUGGGCGAGACGUGAGUAGUCUAUUAUUUCAAUUAUUG